UGAGAGCGGCGGUCCACACACUUCCCGUGAUUAGAAAAAGGAAUUUUUCGAAAUUUUGCGGUGCAAGGCGGUUCGUCCACAGGGAAAGGGAUUUCGCUACUCCUACACGAUACAUCCAAAGAAAAGGAAACCACGAGGUCGCGUCGUUCCUUUUCCAAGGGUCUGGGAAAACCGAGCAAGUCGCCGUGAAUCGUAAAACACAAGUGCUUCUGCACUGGCGACGACGACGACGACGACGACGAUGGCAGUCUUCGCGCAUCGAUUUCCCUCCGAUCCUUCGACGGUUUAGCCCUUCUCCGAAACAGCCACCACCUCAGACUCCUUCACUUCUCAAGAGUCAUGCCCACAUUUACAGCAAUAGCUUUGGAUCGAUUGAUUGAACCAGGAGCUGCAAAAUCGAUGACAACUGUGACGAAUGUUUCUGACUCAAAACUCGACCGGAGAAAUAAUACUAUCAAUUCAAAGCUGGAGAGGAGGAAUAGUACUUCAACAAGGACAACACUGGAUAAGAAGCAUCACUGGGCUAGGAUAAAACCGGCACUGUAUGCCACACCUAAGUCAACUCCACUUCCAGAUUCUCCAUCUUCCUUCGCUCCAUCUCCGUAUAUUGUGGAUCACAAACGGCGUGGGCCACGCCUUCUCAAGAGCUACUCUGACGAUGAUGUUGCUGGUCGCAAGCGGGCUCCUGAAGAAGAGAAGGUUGGCGAUAAUACAAAAGUUGCUGGAAAGGAGACGACGGAUUUGACCGAGGAUGUUGCCUGCAGUGUUACUUGUCCUGUAGAACAAGAGCAUGUGAAUGGUAUUUCUUCCGAGGAACCUGUAAUUAGUGAGUUGAGCAGCAGUUCAGCUGCACAAAAUGGUUCAGCUGUACAAAAUGGUUCAGCGAAGUCUGUUGAAGAAGGUGGAGAGCUUGAAGAUUUCCUUGAUCCGCAGGACUCGAUGAGUGCUAAGAGCAACACUGAGGGAGAUAGUAACAGUGGGGUGGAACGGUCUUUGUAUCAGACUACACCAGUUGCUGAGUUUUAUGAUGCUUGGGAAGAAUUAUCUUCUGACAAUGGACGACAGCCUCCUCCUCUUGAUAUUGAAUGUGAAUUGCGUGAAAUAAGGUUGAGUUUAUUAAUGGAGAUAGAAAAUAGGAAGCAGGCAGAAGAAGCCCUGGAUAAUAUGCGAAGCCAAUGGUUGAGGAUUCGGCAACAGUUAUCUUUUGUAGGGUUGACGAUACCUGCAGAGCCUAUUUCUUUAGCUGAGGAUGAGCGAUUGGGUGUUGAUCCUGUUGAGGAGCUAUGCCGUCAAGUUUAUCUUGCUCGGUUUGUUUCACAUUCCAUUGGGAGGGGUACUGCAAAGGCUGAGGUUGAGAUGGAGAUGGAAACCCACAUAGAGUCAAAGAACUUCGAGAUUGCUCGGUUGUGGGACAAAUUGCAUUACUACGAGGCAGUGAAUCGGGAGAUGUCCCAAAGGAACCAGGAAGCUGUUGAGGUGUCACGGCGUCUUAGGCAAAUAAGGAAGAGAAGGCAGAGUUGGGUGUGGGGUUCGAUUGCUGCUGCAAUUACACUUGGCACUGGGGCCUUGGCAUGGACUUACCUUUCGACUGGAGGACAAUCAUCUUCCACCAGCAAAUCCGUUGCUCCUCAGCAAGACUUUGCAGCGGAGUGAAGAGCUCUCGAUAGUAGACAGCUGAAUGGUGGUAUCGUAGGAGAACAAUAAGCAACCAAGAGGUUGAAUAUGCCAUAUUGUGAAUACAAUGUAUUGCAUUUCUGGGUUGCAUAUAUAAAUAUAUUCCACCUCCCAGGAUGAUGUAUAGGUCCGGCUUAAUAAUUGAAUGCGGUCUCUUACCAAGUGAUGAAUCCAUCAUAUACAUGGUCCAUUUUUUUUGUAUAUAGAAUCAGGUUUUCCUGUGCUGCUUGGCUGUCAAGGUUCUGUGGAAUUAAAUGGAGCUCAAGGAAUGCAUCAAAUUUUGUUUAUA